UGCGCGCAGCGGGCGACACAGGCGCUCGGGACCAGAGCGGAGUCACGGGCGGCGCCCAGCUGUGCCCCAGGCUGCGGUGUCAAAGCACUGUGAAUUUGUAUUGAAGGGCGUGGCUCCACCGCCGCAAAACGAUAUGAAUUGAGGCCGUUCUUCCGUCUUGUCGGCCUCAGCGUCGCCUGGAGAAGAGCCAAACUUCACGCGUGUCCCGCCAAUCACAUGUGCGUGCCCAGAUCAAGCCAAGGUCUUCAGCCAAGCAACACCAAGGCCAAGAUUCACCCAGGCAAAUCGCAGGUAACUUGGGUUCUUGUCCUCUCCUGAGGGCCUUGCUAUAUGAUGCUCAGUCCGUCCCUCCCGGUCCGUUCGAAAUUCGUUGUUGCCAGCCACGGAUGCCCAUCGAGACGUAGCGCGCACAUCACCGUCCGCCGGUCAUGGAACCCCGACACCCGCCGGCGCUCUCUCCGGCCACACACACCCAAAGACACAGCAGCCGUCACCCGUCGCCCGCUGAGACCGACUACGGUUCCGAGUACGCCGAGAAGUACAACGAGAAAGACGUACAUGCGCGCAAGGACAGCACACGGACAGACGGCGCCAGCAAGGCCUCAUAUGGUCACGCCCAUGAUUCCGUCAUUUCGCCAUUCUCGCCAAAGGCCUCCGCGCCGCCAAGCCCCAGCAGCAGCAUCUCCAGCGAUGUAGGACGAAAGGACCGUACCAUCUCUGAGAUUCGGGAAACACUUGUCCGCCAGAGCCACAACAGCCACCGCGUAUCACAUCCUCCGCGCGCGCACCUGGACCCAGAGAAAGCCAACUCAUACGAUGCAUUUGAGCACCGCUCGCAGAAUCGCCGCUCCGUCCCAGAUGCGGGCGCUGUGGUGUACGACAAGAGCGAGUACCACGAGAAGGGCCCUGAAGAUAAGGCCUGGCAACUUCUGUUCUACCUUUCUGGACCUUGCGCACUGCUUUCCGUCGCAAUCGCCUUCUGGAGCAUCUUCGCGAUCUUCAUCUCGCUUGCGCUCUACCCCCUGCGCUUCUGCAGCAAUCGGCCCGCGCUCUCCACUCAGUUGACGACAUUCCUUGCACCUGCGCUCAACCUGCAACUUCAUCUGGUCUACUCCUUCGAUGCGUCCGAGGGCUACAGCGUACCCAUGCUGGUGGUCAUCCACCUGUUCUCACCCAUCAUUGCAUUCGGUGUCGCAAUUGCCUCAUGGACAGCCGCAGGAUUCUGGUUUUUCUCGUCCAUUCUUGGCGACCCUGGGGGUCACGACGGCGGCCGCCACAACGACGGCAAAGACUGCAUAUUAGGUGUGAGAAACUACUGGGAGCGAUGGCUAUUGCGAGGCCUUAGAUGAGCUGACCUCAAAACUUGAGGAAGAGGUUGUGUAAGAAAAGAUUCGAUUCAAAACACGAUUUUGGCAUUUAGCGCUUUCCCAGUUGGGAGUGCAGCAUCAGCGGCAUGGUGUGGCGUACAUGGAUUGGGAUGGACUCUGCAUGAGGAAUUGCUGGUCUGGCACGACAGCACGGCGUUUUGGCAUCUGUUUAGGUUUUUGGGACGGAUUUGAGAUCUACUCUCCGUAUGAUUAUACCCCAUUCAUUAAUGUUAUCAAAAUCAAC